UCCCAUGGGACACUGAACACGUGGUCUCGGCUGCCACAAGACGUCAGCGGCAGAUGGCAUGGGUACCCGCUGUUGGCAUGAGUGUCAUUCCUCAAAGAGAGAGGGAAGGGAGAGAGAGAGAGAGUGAGGGAGAGAGAGUGAGAGAGAGAGAGUGAGGGGGAGAGAGGAGGUUGAAGCUUUUUCCUCUUAAUUUGUGGUUUGCAAGAGAAGAAGCUGCAGAUUCAGGAGAGGUAUUCGGGAACAUGCAAGGCGCACGCUGACCAGAGGAAAUAUGUUGACACUGCCAUUCGAGGAAUCUCAAAUGAUGUGUGAGCCGCGGUUUGGUGCCAAUUAUCCCCGGGAAAGCUUACCUGAGAGCCUGGAGCAGGAGCGAAAACACAACUCAGACAGGACCAACUCAGACAUGAGGGAGGCCGGGGACGACAUCUCCGACAGAGAGGAGGACGAAAGGGAGGACGAAAGAGAUGACGACGACGGGCUUCCUAAAAAGCGAGGCCCCCGGAAAAAGAAGCUCGGCAAGGAGCAGAUGGACAGGUCCAAACUACGGCGUAAUGAAGCCAACGCCCGAGAGCGCAGCCGGAUGCACGGCUUGAACGCCGCGCUGGAGAGCCUGCGCAAAGUUGUGCCGUGCUACUCCAAAACUCAAAAACUGUCCAAGAUUGAGACCCUUAGACUGGCUAAAAAUUACAUCUGGGCCCUGUCAGAGACUCUCAGCGCAGGGAAGAGACCGGACCUCCUCGCCUUCGUACAGACUUUGUGCAAAGGAUUAUCUCAACCAACAACCAACUUGGUGGCUGGUUGUUUGCAGCUGAAUGCGAGAAAUUUCCUCACAGACCACAACGGGGAGGUCAUGUUCUCUGGCAGAUCGCCCUACGAUGCCAUGUACCCGUACCCUGGCUCAGACAUGAACACACCCCCCGGCCACAGCGGGACCAGCUUGGACAGCAGCGCCAAGCCGUUCAGACACUAUAGCUACAGCGGUGCGUACGAGCCCUACUACGAGAACCCGUCCCCAGAGAGCGGGAGCCCGCAUUUUGACGGCCAGCUGAGCCCCCCGAUGAACUUUAACGGGAUUUUCUCCCUAAAACACGACGAUCCGCCAGAUUACGGCAAAAACAGCCACUAUGGCAUGCGUUACUGCAGUGCGCCAGGGCGCACGGCUCUUGCGCAUAACUCCAUGUACCGAGUCUCCCCAGAGGCCCGUUUCCCCUACGACCUGCACGUCCGCAGCCAGUCCUUCCAAGCACAAGGGGAAGUUAAUGGCUCUUUCCACAAUUAAUCAAUCAGCUGGACAAAGUUCAAGUUUCAGAAGCGAUGCAAUUUCCCCCCGCAGAUGUCGAGAGUGGAACGAAAUGGACUCCAGACACGCUGAUGCACUGCAAAAAAAAAAAAAAAAAAAAAAAAAAAAAAAGCCCAUUUUAAAAAGUCACUUUGUGUUCAAUGUUCAGUCUUGUUUUUCUUUGAAAGCACGGUAAAAGUCUGCAAAUUAGAUGUGAUGAUUUCACUAAAUUUGUGUCGAUAUAAUUCAGACAAAAGACACCACAAGAAGGAUUUAGCUUUGGAAAAAACAAAUGACUGAUUCAUCUGACAGAAAAUGAAGAUUUAAUGGCUCACUGCCACGUUUUGUUUCCACAAAUGCAGAAUAAUUCGUUUGGGAAGCGGGUUUGGAGCAGAUUGUUUACAGUUACAGUGCAUUAUAUAUUUGUUAUUGGCUGCACUGCAGAUGUCGGUCAUGAUGUGGGUCACAUAAAACUGACACGGAGGACAAUUAAUUAGAUUUUUUCUGGUUAUUUAAUUAGAAUCACAGCAGUCAAUAAAAUGAUUUUUGUGGCGAAAUAAAAGAGAAAAAAAAAGAAUUUAAAGACGUUUCACUUCAUCAGGGAAGUUUGCUGAGACAUGAUUGGAGUUCAGAGAUUCAGUCUGUAAGCAAUAAAAAGGUCAGCUGAGCUAUGCAAGACAGCCAAAUGCAAUCUUAAAUGAUAUAUGUAUAUUUCCUCUCACGGGCCGUUUCUCAUAACGAUUACUCAAAAUUGAAUCAUUAAAAUAAAAAAUGUUUGGAGACGUGCAUGCGUUUAGGAGACCUGGUGAUGAUGUCAUCUGAAUUGGUCCUAUAAAUACAGGAAGUUGUGGGGAAUUAAAAAAAAAAUAAAAUAAAAAAUAAAAAAGACUUAACAAAAUAAAAUGCAUUUGUAUUUGGAGUAAAUAACGUGGUAACGAGGUGAAUGUAAAUUGUAUUUAUUUAUUUAAGCUUAUUUAUUAUACGUCCGUCAAUUUGAAUGUGGAUAAUAUAUUAUAACAAACACACAAAAAAAAUAUUGUAAAAUUCAACAGUGUUACCUUUUAUGUGGAUUCCCCCCAUACAUUUGAAGUUUGUUUGUGUUGCAUUGUUGUAUAUUUCACUGCGGCUGAAAGUCGAGGACUGGAAGGAAAAUCUUUUUUUGUUUUUGUUUUUUGUUUUUUGUGUGAAGUGACAGAAACUAUAUGAUGAAUACGAGACAACAUGCCUUAAAAAAAGAGAUGAUGACCAUCAAUAUGCAACGAACAGACAGUUUUGGAUAGUUUGAUGUGAACUUUUUACACUUCCUUGUUCCUGCUGAAGAGCAACUGUGAUGCACUUCAUGUAUUUCUGCACAAUGUUGGUGACUGUACCCAUAAAUUAUGUUGCUUUUGUAACUUUACCCGAAUGACGAAUGAUUAUUGGAUUAUUGGAUAUUUCACACACACACACACACACACGCACACGCAGAUGCACAUGCACGCUCGCACACACUCCUGAAGAACUCGUUAUGGAUCGAAAUAUUCGUGAAGUAAUGUGUUAAUGUUUUGUGAUGUGUUUUGUCGCAAUAAAAAGGAAGAGGCUGUAA